UAAUCCUUUGUUGACUUGUAUGCUUCAUUGCAACAAUGGGAAACUGCUUCACAAACAACAAAAUAUCAACACAAGAAGAUCAUGAAAGCUACAACAAUCAAACAAAAGUUGAGAAGAUGAAAACAUCUUCAUCGUUGAAGUUCGAACCGAAGCCGAGGAAAGAAAAGAAGAAUAAGAAAGUAAGGUUUGAGAUACAAAAUGAUGAAGAAGUUGAUAGAAGAAGUGAUGGUAAUAAUUCUAGAAAUGUGAGGAGGAUUAGAGUGGUGAUGACUCAAGAAGAGUUGAAAAAGAUGUUGAGUUGCAAAGAUGAAUAUGAGAACACUACAUUGGAGCAACUACUUGGUGUUAUGAGGUUAAGAGGAGGGAAAAUUUGUAAACAUGAUUUGGGUGUAGAUUCUUGGAAGCCUGCUUUAGAAAGCAUUCCAGAGGAUCGAUUAAUUAAGUAGUGAUAUGUUUUGUUAAUGAUAACUUUGUGUAGAUGAUAAUAAUGAUUUUUUUUUUAUUUGUUUUAUUUUUGUAAGCCAAUGUAUUGAUUUUUCAUUUUAGUUGAUGUAGGAGUUUGACUAGAAUCCCAUAUCAAUUGGAGGGGUUUUAAUUUGGGUUUAGAAGAAAAAAACUAAUUAAAGUGGGAUGAAUAAUAUGCUGAUUGUUUGGAAUGAGGUCUUGAUUCUACAAUUUCAUGCUCUUUGAAUGUUUAUUUCUGUUAACAAAUACAUUAUUAAUCAUUAACAUAAACAUAACUGAUGUUUUGGCCAAACAAAACAGUACAC